AUGGACAUAUUGCAAUCUCGCGAUAGCCUGAACGGUCACAGCGAUCACGAACCUCUGUUUUUCACUAGUGACGAAUUUAUGGUGGAAUUGCUAAAGUCUCCUAUGGGAAAGGAAGCCCGGGAAAAGAGUAUUUUUGACAGUACAAACAAGGCCAUUGAUAUCAUGAAGGCACCUCCUAGUCCAGCAGAAAGCCACGACUUUAAGAAAAAGAUGAAGCAAAUGCAAAGUUCUCUAAGGAAUGGUGCAAAAGACUUGAGAAAUAAUGACAGACGAGAGGAUAUGGAAAAAUCACCUUCUUUCACUUCCAAGUUCUCGGAUGGUGUAGUCGUCAAGAUAAAGUCACCAACCAAAGGGAACGGAAGCUUUCGAAAGUCACCGCUGCAGCUGUCUUCCAAAGCCCGACGCAAGAUGCGAAGUGCGAAUACGUGUUUAGAUGAUUCCAUACGCAGUGACGAAGGCCCAGCAACGUCUGCUCAGGACCACGGUUCUAGCAGGAGCGCUGCUUCUCUCCCUCCUUGUCUGUUGGACGAGUCGAAGAGGAGUUGGGUUUCCAGCGGCAGUGAAUGGUCAGAUGAUCUUGAUCUUUCGCAGAGCAGCACUGUACAAUCCAAGCCGCAUCCACCGCUGCAACGAAUGAUGUCCUCGGUAGACGAAGAUGAGGUCAAUGAGAAUAACAACAUUCCACCACCACCACCACAGACCAUGACUUCUAUGUCACCAUACAGCAGCAACUCUGCAAAAAGAGGUUUGCGAAAAUCGGCAAGCGCCAGACUGGAAAGCGUGAGUGAUGCUCCUAUAAGAUCUCCUCUGUCCAAAUCCUGCCGUACCAAGCGCUUGUCCUUUCAAGUGGAUCAUGAUUCAAUACCACCAGCCCCGUCUCCCAAGCAAGAGAGACGAAGCUCAAAAUGGCUCAUGACCUCUCCUUCUCCAAGUCCUCACACUCCUCGAUCCAGGAAGACUUCUUCCAAAAGUGAACGACGAAAGUCUCGCAUGCUCAUGGGCGCACUUCCCCCCAUGCCCUUUGCAUCUAACGAGGAAGAUGAAACUACCAACACGGCCCCUCGAUCUCCGAGAAAACCUCCCAUGUUCCGUCCUCUGGACAAGACCUUGAUGCGAGACUAUCCUUCCAGCACCACGGCCACUACCUUUUUGACUGCCGACACGGAUGCGAUUGACUACUCCAUGUCCUCCAUGUUUCCUCUCACAAAAGAAACGGAACGCAUCAUUUUCAAGCGAGUCCCCAACAAGCGGAACAUUUCCAUUGAGAAAUCGGAUGGUGAAAAGUUGGGUACGAUUGAUUUCAGCAUGGUCAAUCAAGGCAAGCGACUCAUCAAGGAUGCCUGUGGGCGGACGUGUGCGCUCAUCUUUUUGAACAGCGACAAGGUGGGAGGCAAUAACAUUUUCAAGAUCUGUGGCAACCGGCCUGCCACUCGCAGACAACGUCUCUCGAACGAAACGGGCUACUACACGUGGGCCGAAGUGCGAAACACUGGAUCCAUUGGUGGCAAGUUUGUCAUGAACAAGUUUUCCAGCGAAACCUCUUCCUGUUCGGCCGAACAACACUCGGCCAAGCCCUUUGGUUCAUUGUUUUCCCGAGGCAAGUCGAGGGGCCAUGUCUUUUUGGAUGACAAGAAAAAGGAAUGCGUCAAGAUGGUCUCGCUCCAAAAGGGCAAGGGCAUCAUUGUGGGCCCCAAUCGCGAUUUGUGUCUCAUGUUGGCCUACGCGGCCUGUGUCGAUGAAAUGGUGGAACAUCGUCUGCGAUAA